AUGGAUCCAGUUCUAAAUGUAUAUACAAUAGAUGGUUAUUCAGUUAAUUUUCCAUACAAAGCAUAUGAUUGCCAAAUAACUUAUAUGGAAAAAGUUUUGUAUUCACUGAAACAUAGGAAACAUGCACUUUUGGAAAGUCCAACAGGAACUGGGAAGACAAUGUGCCUUCUAGCAUCAACAUUAGCAUUUCAAAGGGAUUGUAUAGUAAAAUAUAAUUUGACUAGGAAGCUUAAUAAUAGCUGUGAAGUGGACAGAAAUUUGAAAACAACUGGUACAUCUAAUUUAUAUGAGGAAGAACAUACUAAAAUUGAAAUUGAUAAAUCUUAUAAUUUGAAUGAGGAACAUGGAGAUUCAAAUUUAAAAAAACAAAAAAGUGAAUUUAUUUUACCUAGAAUAAUAUAUUCAUCUAGAACUCAUAGUCAAUUAUCCCAAGUAAUGCGAGAACUUCGCUCUUCCAAAAUUGUGGAAGCAUUAUGGAAGAAUUUGAAUGAUUUAAAUAUUGAAAAUUCUUUAAGGCAAGAUUCUCCAACAAAUAAAAAACAACGAAAUACAAUGAAAAAUCCUGGAAAUAAAUUAUUUAAGGCUACAAUAUUGGGAUCCCGUGAUCAAUUAUGUGUUCACCCAAAAAUAUCAAAAUAUAGAGGUAGUGCACUGGUAAAAAAUUGUCGAAAAACAACUAAGGAAGGUAAAUGUAGGUAUCACAAUAAUUUAAAACAAGCAAAUAUGACGGGUAUAGCAGGCGAUAUAGAGGAUAUUGAAGAUUUAAAACGUAUUGCAUCUACAGAUUCUGGGUAUUUUUGUCCAUUUUAUGCAACAAGGGAAAUAGCAAAUAUAUGUAAUGUAAUAUUACUUCCAUAUAACUAUCUAUUAGAUAGUAUAACAAGACAAAAUUUGAAACUAGAUUUGAAUAACACAAUUAUAAUUUUAGAUGAAGCACAUAAUGUAGAAUCUGUAGCUGAAGAAGCAUAUUCAUAUGAUUUAAGAGAUAUAGACUUAGCAUUGUCACAAAAAGCAAUUCAAAAUAUGUUAGAAGCCGCAAGAUCUGGAUUGUUAAAAGAGAGAGAAUCUGACAAAAAAGAGGAUGAUAUUUCAAUUUCAUUUGAUAUUGAAAUUGCUAUACAUCUAGCAACUAGUGUAUACGAACUAAGUAAAUUAAUAAGAGAUAUUCCUUGUAAAGUACCUAAUAAUCGUAAUGAGAGGAUAAGAAGUAAAUUAGGUGAUGUUGAGGGUACUAUUUUUCCUGGUUCAUAUAUUCAUACUCUUUUCAAAUCUGCUGGUUUUACAAUUGAUAAAUUUCAGAAUAUGGAUGAAUGUUUAACAAGUAUGAUAAAUUUUGGCCAAGGUUUAAGUGGUAAUAUAAGUGAUUUAUCAAGUUUAUCUGAUAUAACUCCUAUACAAUUGAAUGCAAGAAUUGGAGCUUUAGAGAGAUUUCAAAGAUGUUUGAGACUUACAUUUAAUACUUGUGCUGUUUCUAAUCCACAAUGGUUUAAAGUUUAUGUACAUUAUGAAAUAUCUCAACAAAAUGGACUAAAUUCCGAAGAAUCAAUUGAUAUAAAUAGAGAUAUUGAUACAGAAUAUGAUGGAAAUUAUUAUAAUUUAUGUUUAAGUUUUUGGUGUUUUAGUCCUGCUGCUGCUUUAACAUCACUUGUAUCAUCUGGAGUUAGGUCAUUAAUAGUAACAUCUGGUACAUUAUCUCCUCUAGAUACACUUGCACAGCAAUUUAGUUGUGCAAAUUUUUCAUUUGAAGUUUUUUUAGAGAAUGAUCAUGUAAUUAAUGGGAACGAACAAUUAUGGGUAGCUGCAAUAGAGCAAGGAGCUCCUGAAAAUAAAACUCAACUUAUUGGAUCUUUUGAAUCAAGAAGUAAUCCAGCAUAUUUUGAAGCAUUAGGAUCAACAGUUUUGGAUAGUGUUAAGCGGAUCCCUGGUGGAGUCUUAUUAUUUUUUGCAUCAUAUACAUUAAUGGAUCAAGCAAUAAAUUUAUGGACAAUUCAAGGUCUUAUGGAUAGAAUUAAGGCUUUAAAAAGUGUUUUUGUUGAACCAAGGAAUUCAUAUGAAUUAAAUAGUAUUUUGGAAUCAUAUAAAGGUUGUAUUGAAUUAAAAAGUAAAAAUAAUGUAAAAUCUAAUUCACUUGAUAAAUUGACAGAUUUUACUAAUAUAACAAAAAAAUGUGCUAAUUUUGGUUCAUUACUCAUAGCAGUAUGCCGUGGAAAGAUAUCUGAAGGAAUAGACUUUUCUGAUGAUACUUGCAGAGGAGUAAUUAUUGCAGGAAUGCCUUUUCCUUCAAUUGCAGAUCCAAGAGUUUGUCUAAAGAAACAAUAUAUGGAUGAAUAUAGAAUGGAUAGUCGUCGAUGGUAUAAUCAACAGGCUAUUAGAGCUGUUAAUCAAGCAGUUGGUAGAGUAGUUAGACACCGUUUAGAUUAUGGAGCAGUUAUAUUUGCUGAUAAAAGAUUUACUCAUACAAAUAUUAGGAACCAAUUAUCAAAGUGGUUAAGAGGGUAUAUCAGGUGUUUAGAAUAUCUUAACACAACUAAUUUAAACAGUAUUUCUACUUUUUUUAAUAGAGAUUUACAUAAUAAAUUAAUUGGAAAUUCUAAUAAUUUAAAUGACAAUAAAUUAGAUCUACUCUCUAAUAAAGUAGAUGAGUCAAUCAGAAGUAAUAUAAAUACAACUAGUGAUAAGAAGUUAUGUAUACCUAUUGUAGGUAAUAACUUAAAAAAUGAGGUAACAAAUUUGUUACAACAGCUCCCACAGAAUAAUGUUGAAAAUACACAAUGCCUAACUAUUAUUGAGAAUAAGGAGCUUAAUCAAAAUAUACAUAACAAUAUUAGGACAAUAAAUAUACCAUGGAAAAAAAGUAAGAUUGAUUCGUCAGUAAAUUGUACAAAAUAUGAUGAACAAAAAGUCCACUUUAACUUUGUACCCAUUUCAUCUCCAAAUAAAAAUUUAGGACGGACAGAUAAAAAGGGCUCUUUAUUAUUUGAUAAGGCAAAGUCAACUUUAACAAUAGAAGAAUACUUGAAUCUGAAGUCUUAUUUAUUUAAUCUUGAUAAUUUAAACUCAACAAUAUUAGUUAAAAUAGUUGAUUGCUUUUUACCUGAUCAUAUUACUGACUACAAAACUUUUAAUGAAAGGAGUAUAUUGGCUAGGAAUUUUCAAAUAUUUAUUCCAGAACAUUUUAAGAUGGUUUAUAUUUCAUUUAUUAAUAAUAAAGCUACAAGUUUUGAAAUUUGUAAAGAUAAAGCUUUACUCAAUGCACUAGAAAGUCAAAACGAAUGA